AUGUAUAAAAUAAAAAAUAUUUUAAAAGAUACUUUUAAAUAUAUAUUUCAGAGGGUCACUUGGAUAUUAAAGUUUUUAUUCCCUCAAGAGUUAAAGAUAGAGAGAUUACAGAUUGCGAUACCAUAUCUAGAUGCACCACUACGUUUAGUUCAAAUUUCAGAUAUUCAUUACGAUCAUGAACCAAUUAGAAUAGACGAUGCAUUCCUCUCAAAGGUGAUCGAAGCGGUCAACAACCAAAACCCAGACCUAAUAGUUAUCACUGGUGAUCUUGUACAAUUCAAACCUGAACCAAUCGAUAAUUUAAUAUCAAAACAUUUAUCAAAAUUAAAAGCGAAAAUCGGUAUUUAUUCAAUUCUGGGAAAUCACGAUUAUAAGACAACUCACGGUCCAGAAACGAUUAUGACAGCGUUGAAAAACAGUGGAAUCAAGGUGUUGCAUAAUGAGACGGCCUAUCCGAUGGGAAAAGAGGAGGGACGGCUGCAAUUGGUGGGUCUCGGUGACUACGGUCGGAAACGUGUCAAUUUCAGGUUGGAUAUGGUGCGUGACGAUCUCGCAGAGGAGAGACGUGCGCGUGUCGUCCUCUCGCACAACCCCGAUAGCGCAUUCGACUUGGAGCCGUAUCCAAUCGAUCUGGUGCUCUCGGGACAUACACACGGCGGAGGAUUGGCAACUCAUCCUCCACUCCGUCUAUUCUGUGAUCCUGAAAUCACCGUAAUAGAUCUGAUACCAAAAUCAAUUGAUAAUAAUAGUACAAAUUGA